AUGCCAUUGGCGAUCGAGAGCUUGACUUGCGGGGUAUCCUUGUGUGCUGCUUACAGAUUAGGUUGUAAAAUUGUGGCAAUUGAAAAUCUGUCUUCGACCCGUGAUCUCCACGAUACCAUUGAUCUUUCGGACAACGAAAUACGGGAGUUGGACAAUGUUCCUCCUCUCUUCAGGUUGAAGCACCUGUAUCUCUCAAACAACAAAAUAUCAAAAAUAGACCCUGCCCUUGCGCAACGGGUUCCGUUUCUGCACACGCUUAUUCUAAGCGGAAAUAAUAUUUCGGAGCUUACAGACCUGGUCCCUCUGGCCGGAUGGUCUGAUUUGAGGCAUAAAAACACCUAUUACAAACCCCAAUUAGAGGGGCUUUCGUUGAUCGAUAAUCCAGUCUGCAAAAAACCCAACUACAGACAUUUUCUGAUUUCGCUGAUCCCAAGCUUAAGGGUUUUGGAUUAUUGUAAGGUUACAGACAAGGAACGCAAAUAUGUGCAAGAAUUGUUGCAAUCUGGCGUUCUUUCCGCUUCAGAUUCCUCCACCGCAGUUCUUGUCAAAAAACAAGACGAAUAUUCGCAGCAGAAGAAGGAGCGGAUGAAGGCUGCCAUUGCACAGGCAACGUCGCUCAGUGAGAUAAGGCAUUUGGAACGCGCUUUCGCAUCCGGCUACAUUCCAGAUGACCUCGCUAGCUGA